AAUAUCACUAUUCAUCCGAGAGAGUAGACAUUUAUUAAUAUAACAAGAGUGAUGCUUGCCGUGCACCGUCUUCAAGGAAUGGAUGACGACAAAAUUACCAAAACAACGUUAUGCAAAUAAAUUAACCACGGAAAACCCCUCUCAACACCUUACGAGAGAAUAUACUCGUCAAAAAUCACCCGAUGGAAGGGAAAAUAAGAGAGGUUAUUAUUUAUUAACCAUUACGUCAUGCUAUAUUCUCUUUUCAACUGCCUUUCUCGGGCAUAUCAAAAAAUACGGUUUUUGUUUUCUCUCCCGAGUCAUCCAUGCUUUCCGCCGCCUCGCUCAGCCAGCCAAGCUUAAUUUCAGAAGCGAAAGUAUAUUAGAUAAUAAAAAAAAAUUCGAGAUGUCCAAAGCAGAACGGCUCUCCUUAGCGACUGUAGAUUCCUUCCUCCAUGCUCAAAUUGGUAUGAACAUAUCCAAACGCCAAACAAUGCGAGUAAUAAAGCUAUAGAAAAGAACAUAAUAAACAAAAGCGAAUGAUUUUUUGCUGUUAACAGUGAUUAAUACAUAGCGAACGGAAGGUGGCUGAG